AUGACUUCUACUCAACAUGCGCCUAAAGCGUGUCGAACUCCAGAAGCGCGGCUCGCGUCUCUUAUGGACGUUGCUAGCAGAAUUGACUUUUUUCACGGAUUAGAUAUUCAACAAUACUUCAGAGUAAUGCGUGCGAUGAUCAGUACGGUUGAAAUGUAUAUACAAACUAAUCAAAAGGAGUCUGCUUACGUUCUGGCUUCGAAAUUUGUCAUAUUGUACUUGCAGCAUUUGCCGAAACAUCGUGAAUAUAACUCAUUAACUGGCACCGAAAAAAGCGAGUGGAACGCACGAUGUCGCAAGUUGCUAAACCGAGCAGAAGCUUUAAAAGUUGAAUUGCGUGAACGUUACGAAUCAGAGUAUCAGGAAUAUCUUGAGGAGGAGAAAGCUCGUCAGGCCGAAGAAGAAGCCAGGCGAGCAGAGGAAGAGGCGGAACGAUGUAGAUUGGCAGAAAAGGCACGGUUAGAGCAGGAGAAACGCGCCAGCGUUCUUGGAACACUUGUCCCCAAGGCGCCACCUUCAAAUAUGUUAUUUGAUGGGAUGAACAACGAUCGUCCUUCACGUGUCUUGCCAUCAUAUCCUACAGAGGGAGGUCUGGCGAUACAUGGAUCACUUCCUGUUAACCUGUCCACUUUACUUCCGCCAACCGUAGAUCGAAGUUCAAAACCAGCUUCCGUAAAAACUAAUGAACAUGGCUGGGCAACCGUUCGUAUCUCACCCAACCUGGCCCAGAGGUUUCUUCAGCUUGCCGAGCUCAAUUCCAAGAACAAUAUGGAGACUUGUGGAAGUUUGUGUGGUCGUGUAGUUAGUGGCGAGUUUCAUAUAACUGACUUGGUUUUGCCAAAGCAAAGCGGUACACCUGAUUCCUGCACAACGUACAAAGAAGAGGAGCUUUUCGAAUACACCGAAAGACGCAACCUGUUGGUGCUGGGUUGGAUACACACUCAUCCGAGUCAGACAGCAUUCCUGUCUUCUGUUGAUCAGCAUACACAAUUGUCCUAUCAAAUCAUGCUUCCGGAGGCCAUAGCAAUCGUUUGCUCGCCCAAGUUUGAUGAGAUCAAAACGUUCUCCCUUACGCCUGAUCAUGGAAUUCCGUUUGUGCGCCAAUGUAAGCAAAUAGGCUUUCAUCCACAUCCCCAAACCUCACCCUUAUUCGAAGACAGCAAACACGUCGUGUACGAUUCCAGUUUACUCUUCAAUGUGAUCGAUUUCAGA